GUGUGUUAUUGUUUUAGCCGUUUAGUUUUCUCUUCAGUUUUCUCCUUGUAAAUCCCGCUUGAUUGUUGUGCAUUCAAACCGAAAACAGUUCGGUUCUUUUUCGAGUGAGAAUUUUGUUGGCAAUUUCGAUAACAAUUCGAAAUUUGCUCGCACAUACCUCCAACCGAAUGACACAACACACGGACUAUAGCGGAGUGAAUUGGUCAUAUUGAGAAAUAUCUGACCCCCAGACUCAUUUCCCAUCUAUUUUUUCAACGAUAUAUAUAUUUAUCACAAAUAUAUCAUUCAACCUGGAACGUUGUCACAGUCAUACACUUCGAAUAAGUGAUUGGUUGUAAGACCAUUUCAAUUUUUAACGUGUUGACACACAGUUCAUUACUACUCAUUUUUUAAUGAGUAUUCAAAUUGCCGAAAUAUCACAACGGCUACAAAGCGCAUUGGAUCAGAGUUACAAUGUCGCCGACAUGGACACGGUAUUACAAGUUAUCACUCAGUUGGAAAACAUACAGAUCACAAAAGAACAACUGGAAACCACCCGACUGGGAAAGUAUAUAAACCAUUUACGCCGUAAAACAGCCAAUGAAUCGCUGGCCCGCCGCGCAAAGAAUUUGCUGAAGAAAUGGCGUGAAAUGGUUUUACCACCAUCAGGAGGUGCCGCACAACAGCAACCGCAACAACAAACUAUACCUAGAGAUUUCCCAGCGCAGCCGUUUGAUGGGCGAGGCGGGCAAUUUUACAAUCAAAAAAGCCGUGAACCAGCACAGUUUCACGACACAAGCGAUCGUGUUAGUGUCGAUAAUUCAAAGUACCCAACAAGUGAUAGCAGACGACAUGGACGAAUACAUGAGACCGGCUCAAAUCAUGCAUCGUUGUUGCCGCCGCAAAGUAAAAAUCUUGCAAUGGCAGCUGAUCAAACUGAAGACUGUACGCGUUAUAGUAAAUUUCACGACAUCAAAUCUACGAAUUUAAAUACAAAUGUUGGACGACAAGGUGUGUCGCAGCAACCGCCACCAUCUUCGUUGCCAACAUUAUCGUCGUCGUCGUCGUCAUCGUUGCCUAAUUUUAGUGGCAAAAAUAAAUUGGAGCCGGAUCCGUAUCGAACGAUGUUGCCUACCAUGAAUGAGAAUUCAAAAAGCCACAUCAGCAUAUCUGCCUUACCAAAAAUACCGAAAAUUAAAAACUCUGCCACGUCGCUGAGAUUAAGUAAACAUACCGAACGAUCGCAUAGUCCAUUAGUGAAUUUAAAAGAGACAUCGUCGCCAAAAUUUUCAUCAAUUACCCAAUCGACCAUACACGAUGACAAUUCAAUGCACGCGUACGAUAUGCAAAAUUAUAGUAAACGAUUUCCGUCAAAUCAACCGCCACCGCCGCCAUCCAUGUUGAACGGGCGCAAUCAAGACUACGAUGAUAACAAUUCGACUGUAAUGGACAUUAAUUCGAACUCAUCAUCAAUAAACAUCAUCGAACCGGAAAUAAUCGUACCAAAUGUUAGUCAACCGAGCAGUGAAAGUGUGAAUAAUGAAGUGGUCAAGAAGAAGCAUAAAAAGCACAAAAAAGACAAGAAAAGUAAGAAGCAGAAACAAUCAUCAUCGCCGGCGACAUUAUCGACGGCAACAAUCGAACGAAUACAACCGAUUCCAAUAAGCGCACCGGUACUUGAACUGCCCGAUAGCCUGUCAAGCAAUUCGAUGAGCUUGUUUGGAACCACCAGUGAUUCAAUAAAGGACCACAAUGUGCUAGCAAAUAACAUUGGAUUCACGAAUAGCAUCGGCACAUCGUUACCAUCGACAUCGAUCAAUGCGAGCAGCGCAAAAAGUAAUGCAUCAUCACUGUGGACACCAAGCGCAAUGAAAUCAAACACCGUAUCAACCGAUGAUCUAACAUUUACCGGCCGAUUUACAAAAACCGAUGACAAUAUCAUUAAUAUUGACAGUAGUAGUGGUAGCAAUAGUCCAAAAUAUCGUUCACAAACACCUCAAAGAACUCCCAUAAGUCGUAGCUCUAGUCUAGGUGUUGGAACGGCAGGAAUUGGUGGUAGCAAUGAAUAUGGUAGCCGUGUUGCCACCGACGAAGAAAACUCAUCCACUCAACAUAUAUCGCUAAUACAGCAAACCGAAUCGUCACGAGCCAGCCCAUUUGAGAGCCUGGUGCAGCAGGAUGAUUUGCUUGCGAAUGAUGCAGCGAAAACAUCAAUUUCAAAUUUAGGAUCAACCAGUGAACUCCAGCAAACCGGUAAAAAGCGUGGACGCAAAAAGGGUUCAAAAGGCGUUGAUAGUCGUCUGGGCAGUGCUAGCAAUUCGUCGCAUUCACAACAAACCGGUGCCCCAUACUAUGAUUCAAUUUCAUUUUCAUCGUUAAAAAAUAAGAUCGAUUUGAUUCGAGGCACGACGAAAAAGGUCAAAACCACCAAGGAACUGCUGGCCGAGCUACAAAAUCGCAAAGCCAGCGCAACGGCUGAGGAUAUUAGCGCAGUUGAAUCACAGCUGCAAUCGUACCAGGAUGCCGAUGAAAAUGGAUUUACAAAUGGAAAACAUAAUUCGGGGUCAAGAACAGCGACACCGACAUCACCGAUGUUGUCUUCACAUACUCGAACCGCAAGCUCGGAACGUGUCAGCAGUAAAAAGUCAAAAUCAGCGGCCAAAGACGGAUCCGUGUCCGAUAAUCAAAGCUCAUAUGAAAAUCCAGCGAUCAUCGAUAAUACGGAGCCAAAGAGUGAAGUUGACAAGGAAAUGGAUGAAUUGCAUGCAAAAUUGCCGCCAGUGAAUAAGGCGGCGCUGAGGUCAUGGCAAAAAACCCAGUUGCACGAUACCGUUGUGUGUACGUGUAAAUUGAUUGAAGUAACCGAUACCGAUGAGAAUGUGCUGCAUGACUCGAAUACAAAGGAUCCUAGCAUAACUGAAAGUGUAAAUGUGCCAAAGAUGUUAACCGACUGCAAUGUACUUCCGCAAGCAAUGCCGAUCGAUGGUCGGCCAUCCACGCAUGGAUUGAGUGAUGAUCAAUCAUCAACGCCAUUCAACGCCAACGCCGCUACCAAAUCAAAUCCACAUACGGAUUUCAAUAGUACAGUGGCUACCUCAACCAGCAUUAGCAUAAAAACAUCAACCGAACCGCCUGAACCAAUGGUGAAAAAGCCAACCGUUAAAUCCAUAUUUGAUUUGGACUAUGAAGAGGACGAUGAUCCAAUUACAUUUAAAUUAAAUCACAAUAAUAAUAUAAAUUUAAAUACAACAAAAUUAAAUAAGCUAAGUAGUAAUAGGCAUAGUAAUAACGACAUUUCUGAUGACAAAAGCUGUGAUGAAUUGUUUCUCAACGAGAAUAAUAAACGUGAAGAUGGUAGAGGAGAAUUAGGAGAAAAACAAGAAGUUGAUGAUACUUCGACACGAGGUACAUCAAUUAAGAGUAUGGCGAAAAGCAAUUUACAAAAUGUACACAACAGCGGUCAAACGGGCCACGUGAAUGAUCGCCAAUUGUUCGAUGCAAAUAUUCACGAUCCAACCACUAUCGCUGCCAAUGCCAAUGUAAUUCCAUCGAAAUCAAUGCACGACGAACCGAUGACGACGAUAAAGACGGCUGAUCUCAAUGCAAUUGCACCACCUCAACCACGUUUCCGUAUCGAAGAAGAUGUGAACUGUAAGGCGAAACAAUUGUACAUCACAACGAAACAAUUGAUCACGGAGUUUCACAUCGAAAAACUGCAUACCUCAUACAUACCAAACGUCAAUGGAAAUUGGGAUGAUGCCAAGUGUGAAGAGAGCUCCGUGAAAUUGAGACCGGCCGAUGAGAAACCAACGCAAAUGAUUUGCGAUAAUGAUGCUGAACAAGCGGUGCAGAGUGAUAGCGAAACGAUAGCGCAGACAACGACGACGAUAGCGGAACCAGAUAAUGGGCCACAACCAACUGAAACCAAAACCGAUGAGGAGGAUAUCGAGCUGUUAGAAAUGGAGCCACGCAUAACGGAAGCAUCAAUCGGUUUAUAUGAACGUGUUGUACCACUGUGCAAUCACUUGAUCCUGGAUCGAUUGCCGAAAAAUCUCAAUCAUAUCAAUCUGGACUUUGGUCCAUCCGAUGAAGUAGAGCCACAUAUCUUUUUGGCCAGCAUUACGGUGAAAAAAGAAGUGAUUGCAGAGGAAACGGAGUCACCGCCAUUACAAUCAGAGUGCAAAACAAAUGCCACCGAUCGAUGUGUUCGAACGAAUGAUAACAAUUGCGAUCUUGUCGCUGAUGAUUCAUUUGGAGCGAGAAUUCAUCGAGAUUUUCCCAUUUAUGGAUGCGACAACGAUAUCGAUGACAUCGAUUGUGGACGAAAACGUUCACCAGACAUUGAUCUUAGUGGUUUGGAUCAACCGUGCGAAUCAAUACCAACCGCUGAUUUUGAAUGUGAACCAGUUGAACAGCUGUCGGAAAUGGAAGUCGAUGAUAUUGUUAUCAGCAAUGAUGAUGAACUCAAAUCGGACAAAGAAAACGAUCUAUAUCCAAUGGCAAGCGAUCCAUACGUUGAAUCAAUGGAACCUAAACAUUAUCACGAAGAGAGUGAUAUUGAGUCGUACAAUGGCAGUGAAGCAGCAAAACCACCGUCACCGGUGAUUGAUGAGAAUGCACGUGCUGGCGCACACGAUAACGAUAACGUACACCAAGUUAUCAAUCUAAGUCCAAAUCAAAUAUUGCCGGCAACUGAUGAAAAUGCGGUGGACUCUAUGGAUUUUGAAAAUCAACUCAGUAAAUCGUUUGACAUGGCGAUGGUGGGUGAACAGCGGGAAUGUAAAAUAGUACGAGAUAGAUCUGAUGGAUUUAAAUCAAGUGUGGGCAUCGAUGCAGAACUAGAUCAAGUUGGAUCCAUACCAACAACGGAUCUGUCAGAAUCAGACGACGAGGACAAUGACGAUCAUGACGAUAAUGAAGAGAACGAUGACAACGAUGAUUCAUCUCUUGAAGAAGAUUUAUCUUUUGAUAAUUACGAACAAGACACCAGCAACGAUCACUUCAUAACAUUAGAUAAUUUCGAUGCUGCAUUAGUGCCAUCGUCAUCGGAGUUAAAGCAAUCACAAUCGAGUAAUAGCGGCAGUAGCUGUGAUGAGGAGGCAAAUAAAGAGGCCGCAUUGGAUGGCAAACUGUUUGGCAAUAUGGUCUGUGAUGAUGACGAAAAUGAAAUCAUGUCGGACAGUGAUGAUAUCGAUGACGAUAGCGAUACCAUCAAUAAUUUAGUGGUGCCAACAAUGUUUUGUAAGCCAGUAUUUAUUGAGGGUGGCAAAUCAUCGAAUCUCUCCAAUGAAAAUUCCGAUUCACAAUCGGCCGCCAAUUCAGAUGAAUCAGAGUCGCGUAUUUCGAAACGCUUAAAUGCCGAGUCUUUGGAAUCAGAUCAUGCUGAUAAUGACAACAAACUCGUUGAAGAUAAAUUGCAAAGUGGUGCACUGCCAAAAUCAGCCAGCAACAUGGAAAGUAAUGAGCCACAUGUUCACCAAAAACUGACCAAGGAUGCACUGGAAACGCAUCAGGCGCUUUCAUCGCUAAACGAAACCAGCAAUCAACAGAAACGGUUUCGGUCAUCAUCGUCGUCAUCAACGUCUUCGACAAGUUCAACAACGAGUUCAUCAUCGACACUGUCGCCUCGAUCGAAAAAGAUGAAACGUUGGAUGCGUCGAAGACCGUGUCCUCAGCAUUAUCGUUGUGCAUCCACUUCAUCGCAAUCAUCGUCUCAAUCGCCGAUGUCGGCGCUGUCACCUUCUUCCAUGUUCACCACUUCAAAUGCCAUCGAACCAUCUGAGCCCACCACACGUAUGGACGUUACCGAAUCGGGUGGUGUCAAAGAGUUUACACCGAUAUCAAAUCCAGACGAGCAUAACGAUGCUGGUUCUGAUGAUGACCAUGUAUCAACGCCGGUCGUCGACGCUGUUCAAGAGCAACAGCAAUUGAACACGGAAGCGUCUCACGAUGAACAAGUGCCAACGAAAGAAACCGUUCUAGAAUCACAUACAUCACCUGCGCCAGAUUUCGUACACGACGAACUUAUCGAAAGCAAUGCCAGUCUGACGGGUAAUCAUGAUGAUGAUUUACUAUUUCAGAACACAUUGCCCGAGCAACUGUUCCAAAGUGACGAAAAAGAUGGCGACGGCGACAGCAACAGUGUGGAUGGCAUUCAUCGAAACGGAGUCAAUCAAGACCAUUCACCUGAGCCAGCAGAUGAAGUUAAUACCCAAGAUAAAAACAAAGAGAAAACUGAACCCGAAUCGUCACUAUCAUCAGAAAAUAACGGCAUGUUGCCCAGCUUCAAUAAUUUGGGCGCGGACAAUACGACUGGAGUUUCAGUGAAUGGAUAUAAAUUUAAAGAAUGGUAUGAGGUGGUCCACGUCAAAUCAUAUAAUGAUGAACUCUUAACCAUUUUGCCUUAUGUAGUUAUCGAUUAAAUUUAAAGAGAAGAAAAAAAUGGAGAAAAAUGAAAAGAAAAAGCAAGAAGGAUGUAAUAAUACUAAAAGGAACAUAUUUUGAUGGUUACAAUAAAUCGAAAAAUUGCAAAAAAGAAAAA